AUGGGGAUUGUUAAAUCAAAGCAGAGGAGUAACUCUGAUCCUUUCCUGAUUCUGACAGAUUGCACCUAUGUGAAAGGAGACAGUGCCCACGAGUAUUCUGGGAGUCGGUGCUUCUGUUACAGCCCUGGUACAGUAAUCAAAUGGAAGGACAUCUGGUCCACCUUCAAGGUAAACGUGACGAGUGAUAAUGACGUCUUUGUCGUGUUCCCGAUGGAGACGGGAAAGUGCCACCUUCCGGAUGAUGUUCUGACUGUUAUUAACUGCUUUGUUGAACACUACUGGCCGUCCACUAUCCAAAAGGAGAAGUCUUUGGACAUUCCUCUGCUUGAUAAAGAUGUCUGCUUCAUGACCAAGUCACCUAGAAGCAAUACUGAGUAUACACUACACGUCUCCAACAAAAGGUUAAAUAGAAUGUGCUUCCUGCUUUUUGUGUGUGGGCUGGUGCUGUUUUUCGGAGCGGGAAACAUAUGCAGGAGCCCACUGUUCUUCUACAGCACUGGAGUUAUACUAGGAGUCAUCGCCACAUUUGUUUUUCUGACGCUUGUGCUCCGAAACUUCGUACCAAAGCGAGGGCUGUUCCUGGUGUUGUUGGGCGCUGGCUCUGGUCUGUCCUACAUGGGGAUCCAGAGGGUGUUAAAUGAAUGGGAUGACAUCGUGACUGAGCACUGGAUGGAAUUACUGGUUUAUGUGCUCAUAUCUGGCUUAUUUAGCUUUGCUGUAUGCUACAAACAUGGGCCCAUCACCAACAAACACACCCUCAACUUUAUGACCUGGUGUAUGCAAGUAGUGGGCAUGGUUUUGGUGUACUAUGGGAUCACAUUCCCCCCCGCCUGCUACGUACUGAUCAUGUUCCUGUUGUGCUGGAAGAUUGUGCCCUUGGCCUGGAGCCUUCUGCACUUGAUCUGGAGUCUUCUAAUGUGGAUUUGCAGUCUCUUUUACUCAUUCCUGGGCUUGCUCUGGAGGAAGAAACGGCCCAAGGUCAGGCUACUGACUGAAGAGGAAUACAGAGAGCAGGGAGAGAUCCACACCAGAGCCUCUUUGGAUGAAUUACGGAAGCACUGUAACAGGCCUGGCUUUCCUGCAUGGGACACUGUGUUGAGGCUGCGAUCACCACAUAGGUAUGCAGAGUUUCUGCGUAGUGGCAGCCACAUCACUCAAGAGGAGCUUCAGAAUCAUGAGAAUCAGUACGGGCUUGGCGGGACGUACUACGAAAACGAGCUCUUUAACAGCAGCUCCAGCGACACCCAGUCGCACAGAGGAGAAGCAGAGGACACUAGUGAAGACGAGCUGGAGAGAAACAGUCCUCCAACCCAAAAUAACAUCCCCAGUCCUGAUGUAUAUAUUCCAGCCGUCUGCCCGUAUCCCCCCGUCACCUACACCCCUCAGCCAGAACCCAUGGAUCCAGAAGACCAGGAUUUCUUUUAAAAUUGUCCUCCUGU